CUUUUUACCCUCGGAGUGCCAUGUAUGAACCUGAGCAGUGUUGACUCAGCAUUUAUUUCAGCACAGGUGUGUUUACCUGAUGCAGCCACAUGGCUCCGCCCUCCUCCCUGUUACAGAUGUUAUUAGUUGUUGUUUUGCAGCUCAGCUUCAGUCGAGGUAGCUCCUGGUCUCAGGUGGUUUCUGUAGACCCUUGACUUGUGGCACAUGAAGACUCCUCUGAGAACCAGAACCUGAAGAACAGGAGAAGUCCUUCAGAAAGUACCAGAGUCUGCUGGUCGAACAGGAGCAGCUUCUCCGAGUGGCUCUGUGUCUGCUGCUGAACCUGGCUGAAGACCCUCGCACCGAGCUGAAGAUGAGGAACAGAAACCUGGUCCAGAUGCURGUGAAGGUUCUGGACCGGGAGGACCAGGACCUGCUGCUGGUGGUGGUCUCCUUCCUGAAGAAACUCUCCAUCUUCCUGGAGAACAAGAACGACAUGGCUGAAGCGUCGGCGGUGCAGAAACUGUCCCUGCUGAGGACCACCCUGUGUCUCCUCAACCUGUCCUUCGACACGUCUCUGCGCAGACAGAUGGUCCAGGCCGGUCUCCUCCCCAAACUGUCCUCUCUGCUGG